AUGAGAAUCAACUUUGCCACUUCAUUCAUUCUUAGCGUUAUCGCCGCUCAGGCUUCAACCAAUGGUCUCUACCAACGGGGAAAAGGUCUACUCCUGCCGGCUUCUGCAUAUAGUGCCACCCUUGUUGCAGGCAAGCGAGACGAGGCUACAGCUUGCGUCGAGCAAGUCGGCAAUGGCGCUCAUGUGGAGCCUGAUACAGACGCAAGCUUCCUUGCGUAUGAGGCCUUCUCACAGGUUGCAACAGCCGCCGGUACCAAGCCUCCAGAUCGGUAUUCCGUCGUUCCGGGCUGGGUCGAUCUGAAGGCCUCCAAUGGAGAUGGUACCGGAUAUCUUGGAUACAUGCUGUCGGAACUCUCAGGUUACAACCCCGAUCAGUGUGCCGAUCUGUGCAGCAACUGGUCAGGAUCGACUUCAUGUACAUCAUUCGUGAUCUAUCACGAGCGUGACCCGGAGUUGGUCUGGCCAACUACCAGAGCCCCCUCACCGGCUUGUCCUGCGGCUGCCGACUCACCAUCCGUGACGCUGAUCAAAUGCGUCUUCUACUCUGUGCCCCUGUACUCGGGCAACGCUACCAAUGUCGGCCAGUAUCAGGAUGAUUUCCAUGUAGUCAUCGCCGGCUCCACCGCUUUCAAUCUAGAAGCGCCCGCCGUCAGCGGUUAUGCGGGUCCAGUCCCCCUUCACAAUGCCUCUCUGGAUAUUCCUCCUCCGGUUGGCGAGAAUGGAUACAUCCGUGUCCAGACCUUUCCUGACACUGCAUACAGCCCCGGCACUUGUGCUGACAACUGCGCCGCCAUCUCUACAUACAACCUCGAGCACGGGAGUUCUGAGCUGUGCACCUCUUUCAACUCUUACAUCCUGUACACAAACGGAGCAAGCGGUGUCUUCACCUGCACUUAUUACAACACCAAUUACGGUGCUUCAUACGCUACUAAUACUGGCCAAUAUGACAACACUGGCAACCAUUACACUAUUGGAAGCAGCUACUCGUACUACCUUGCGGGAUCCUCUACACCCCUGGAGAAGCGCAGCGUGGAGUUCACUGUCUGA